CGCCGCCGCCGCCCGCCGACGACCUCGUGCGCUCGAUCGGCGCCAAGGGUCGGGCGCGCGGCGAGUUCAGCAACCCGCAGGGCGUGUGGUUCGCGACCGCAACAAACCGCCUGAUGGUGGCCGACUCCAACAACCAGUGCGUCCAGCUCUUCUCACUGGAGGGGGAGUGUAAGCUGAGGUUCGGUGUGCGCGGCCGCGGUCCGGGUCAGAUGCAGCGGCCCUGCGGCGUCACAGCCACGCCAGACGGCAACUACGUGGUCUCCGACUUCGAGAACCGCUGCCUGUCCGUGUUCGACCCGCUCGGAAAACUGGUGCGCCGCAUCGGACACGGCAAGCUGCAAGGUCAGUUCGUCUCCUGUUCGGCCCUGGGGCUGCUGGUGGCGCCGACCUCUCCUCCCGUCCGACAAAUGGUCCGCGGCUGGCGCCGCCCAGAAGCGCUGCGCCGCCCGGCGUCCUUCCGCUGUGACCUCUCCGUCAGCCGCGUCCAGGGCGUGUGGUUCGCGACCGCAACAAACCGCCUGAUGGUGGCCGACUCCAACAACCAGUGCGUCCAGCUCUUCUCACUGGAGGGGGAGUGUAAGCUGAGGUAA